CACAGUGCUGUGUGUGUGUGCGGCUCUGAGACUGAGGCACGGUUAGCUGGAGGAGGGACUGCAGAGCGAUCAUCAUGAAGGCGGCGUGGGGAAGCCCGCUGAACCCACUGCUGGACUACCACUGCAUAUAGGAGGAGAACCGCCCUGCUAGUCUGUACACUGGACCCGGUACUUUAACCUAAAUUCGGCUCUGCAGAAUGUCCAAGAUCAGGCGGAAGGUGACAGUGGAGAAUUCGAAGACCAUAUCUGAGAGCAGCAGCAGCACAACCACGCCAUCUCGCCGGCCCAGCGUUUUCGAAAGACUCGGACCCAGCACGGGCAGUAAUGUUGCUGAGCAGACCCACUGCAGAAAUUGGCUAAAGACUGGAAAUUGCAGUUACGGCAACACUUGUCGCUACACACAUGGAACUCCAUCAAGAGGCAAAGGUUUUUCUGGAACGUUCAGCAGGUCAGCCGAGAGGCCCACUGGGGAUCUCCGGGAGAGAAUGAAGAAUAAGAGACAGGAUGUAGAUGCAGACACUCAAAAAAGAGAGCCAGACGAACCUACUUCACCCCCAGCAAGACAGAGAGAUUCAUCCCGUGGUAGACACAGAGAGAAGGAGGACAUCAAGAUCACUAAAGAACGAACUCCAGCCAGCGAAGAGGAACCAGCGGAGUGGGAAGCCAAUCGAGAAGAUUCAGAUAACGGAGACUACGACUACGAGCUUUCCCUUGAAAUGAAGAGACAAAAGAUCCAGCGCGAGCUGAUGAAGCUUGAGCAAGAGAACAUGGACAAACGAGAAGAAAUCAUUAUCAAAAAAGAGGAAUCAGUCACCAAGACCAGGACUGGCAGCACUUCCAAAGAGCGAGGCACUCCUGAGCGCUCCAGCUCCAAGGGUUCACCCUCAUCCCGUAAGUCUGGAGGCUCCCCCAAACGCAAGGCGUCUGGGAAAAGUGGCAGCUCUGGCAAGAAGGAGAAGAAAGCAUCAUCCUCUUCCUCUGUUAUCUCAUCUCCUGUGGCAGAGCAGAGCAGGCCAGAGGAAGCUGAGAGCAGGUCAUCCAAGUCUGGGCAUGGCAAGAAGAAAGGUCCACGGACUCCCAGCCCUCCUCCGCCUGUGCCCUUAGAUCUGCCUGUGGGAGGCAAGAAACACAAAGGCAAGCACAAGAACAAGGAGAAGAGUGAGGAUAAACAGAAAGAAGGCAAGGAGAGAGGAAGAGACACAGAGAAGCAUAAGGAGAAGAAGGAGAAACGCAGGGACCGCUCUGACAGUUCCCACAAGGCAAAGCGGUCUGUGACCUCAGAGGAACGAUCUGGCAGUGUGUCAUCCCCUUCUAGAGAGAUAUCUCCCCCACCGACGAGGAGGAAGUCUACAUCCCCCAAACCUGCUGCCCAAAAACAGGCUUCACCCCAGAGGUCCCGUACUCCACCUCGUCACCACCGCAGCCCCUCCCCUGUGGCCCACCCCCACCACUCCCCUUCUUCCCACUCAGGCUCCUCCCACCAGCGCCAUUCUCCUUCCCCUCACCGCCGCCGUGGGUCUGCCUCCCCAGCCUAUCAGCGGGACCUUCUUCCUCCCUCCUCACCCCAGGGUACUCAGGCCUCGCGCCGUUCACGCUCCCGCUCUCCAGCCACACCCCACAGGGAGACUUCGCCCUCAGGGCGGGGUCGCUCUAGCCCCGCCUCCCGUCACCACUCCCAGGGCCGGGAGAGGGAGAGGGGGCGCAGUGAAAGGGAGAGGAGCCCUACCCAGGACAGACGCCUGGAACGCAGAGACGAGAGCCGUGGUAAGCGAGAGAAGGACGGUGCUCGCAGUGACCGCAGCUAUGAGGCCGAUCAGGGCUCAGUACGAGAUGAACGCGAGACCCGGGAGAACCGUGAGCGCCGUGUUGACCGUGACAGAAGAGACACGCGAGACGACCGUGGACAACAUCGCAAUCAAAGUGACGUCAAGGACACCAGAGAGUCUCGCGCACCCGAGGUCAAAGACCGCACUGGACGAGAAUCGCUGGAGCGGCGAGAGAGAGACAGAGACAGAGAGCGGGAGCGCGAGAGGGAUCGGAACGAGACCCACAGAAAGGAAGAGCCUUUGGCUCAAGAAGACAGGAGUUACGGAAGAGGACAUGGCCGAGAGGAGGGGCGGGGCGAGAGCAGAGGGGAGAACAGGAACGAUUCUCGAGCCGAAAGGACGGGGAGGGGCCGGGGACGAGCUCCAGAGCCCGUCGACAAAGGUUCAGCCCGUGCAUCCCGAGCAUCGCAGGGUGAGAUCGUGGGCAGCAGCAGUCAUGACAGCUGGGACUCUCGAGGCAGUGGGCUGAGAGAACGGAGCUCUGAGAGAACCUCAGAGAGAGGUGCAGAGCGGGAUCGCUAUGAUAACGACAGGCAGCGUGGAGAGCAGGGACGAGACUCGUCGUACGACCGGCGUGGAAGUCACGCGGACAGGGAGCGACGUGACAACAGAGACAGAGAUCAGAGAGCCUCCUCUCCCACCCGUCACCAGAGCCGGGGCGAUGAAAUGGAGCGUGAAGAGAGGAGAGAUGAGCGCAGAGGAGAACGAGGGGAGCCAGACAGACGAGAUGAGCGUGGCCGUGAGCGAGAGAGAGAGCGAGAGAGGGAGAGGGAAAGAGAACGAGAGAAGGAGCGAGAGGCAGAGAGGGAGAGGGAGCGGGCCAGGGAGCGAGAACGGGAGAGGGAGGAACGAGAGAGGGAGAGAGAGCGAGAGCGGGAACGGGAAAGGGAGCGCGAACGGGAAAGAGAGAGGGAGGAGCGAGAGAGGGAGCGGGAACGAGAGCGUGAAAGGGAACGAGAGCGGGAGAGGGAGGAGCGUGAAAAAGAGAGGGAGCGAGAGAGAAAGGAGAGGGAGCGAGAGCGCGAGCAGAGAGAGAGGGAGAGGCAGAGGGAGUGGGAGGAGAGAGAAAAGUGCCGGGAGGAGAGACGCGAGAGGAGGGAAGAGUCAAGAGAUGAGCGUCCUGGACGGGACGGUCAUGAAGAGAGAAAGAACAGUGGACGCAAGAGGCACCGUGUGGAGAACAGCCCCAGUCCUCGGCCCUCCCCGAAAAAAGUGCGGGAAACCAGCCCUGUAGAGAGUGAUGGCUAUAACAGCACUGAGGAAAAAGGUGAAAAACAUAGACUUCUAAGUCAGGUGGUGCGUCCUCAGGAGACCAGCCGCUCCCCACCACGCUUAUCCACCGACGAUAAGUCUGCCACCCGCUGGAGGGAAGAAGACCGCCGUGUCGACAAGAAAGAUGGACGUGGGCGCUACGAGGAGGUGGAGGCUCGCGGUAGAGGGGCAGAACGACGUGCUGAUCCUCCUCCAGAGGCUGCCCUCACCACAGCUGCUCCUGAACCUCGGAGGGUGAAGGAUCAGAGAGAUGCAGGCACCCCGCCUCCGGCCCCUGCUGCCCCUGAAGGACGAGACUCCGCCACUGCCGUCCACGAGGAAGCAAAAAAGAAGACCAAGUCUCAGAAAAAGAAUCUGAAGAAGAACAGAAAAGAGGAGGAGGGCAAUGCUGCUGGGCCUGGAGACCGUUUUAACCCAGAGCCACCUCUUUCUGCCUCUUCCGCUGCCCCCUCCGAAGCUCCUCGGCCACUUAUGUCUCCUCGUAAGACAGGCAAGAAGAAAGCCGUGGACCGAAAGCGCAAGCGUUCACGAGGUGCCGAGUCGGACGUUUCUGAGGACGAGCAGGCCGCUCAGCACCCGCUCAGCAAGAGGCGACGUGGCCCACGCACUCCUCCACCAAUCAAUAAAGAGGACCUCCCCUCUCAGAGAGCCCUUAUGGCUGGACGUCAUGCGGCAGCACCGCUACUGAAAAUGGACACGAACUUCAGCGAUUGGUCGGAUGAAGAUGUUCCGGAACGGGCUGAUACCGCUUCUGCUUCACUACCAGUUUCAAUUCCUACAGGUGAGCGACCUCCAGAGCGGCUGCUCCCUGCCGAGCUGCCCCCCAGACGAGGGCGAAACAUCGCCCCCUUACUUCCGGACCCACCCAUGCUGAUGCAGGCAUUACCCCUGCAGCCUCUCCUGCCCCAGCUCAUGCUGCGUAAGCCACAGGACUCCCAGCAGCAGCAACAACAACCAAUGCAGCAGCAGCAGCGCAGUGGCAGCAUGGGCAGCAACCAGAGCCGGGCGUCCUCCCGCAGGCUCCGGUCCCCCUCCAGUGACUCCGCCCACCGUGUAGAUGAGGGGCAGCCUGGGGUGCGCUCACGUAGAGGCCGCAUGCACGGAGGCAACUCUCGCGACCGGGACAGAGAGAGGGAGCGGGAAAGGGAGAGAGAGAGGGAGCGCGAGAGGGAGAGAGCAGCAGCAGCAGCAGCAGCAGUGAACGAGACGAUGGGAGGAGAGAGGAAGUCGAGGAUUGACCAGCUGAGGAGGGGAGAACCGAGUCGCAGCACAUCUUCAGACCGGCAGGACUCGCGCAGCCACAGCUCGAGACGCAGCUCUCCAGAGUCAGAGCGACAGGGCCGCUCUCGUGCAGGCUCCUACGACAGCCGCGAGCGCGAGCGGGAUCAGUUCGAGAGGGACAGGAAGGACCACAGACAGCCACCGAAUCAGCCAAUGCCCGGGCAGCAGCGUGAAUGGGAGCCGGAGCCGCGCGAGUGGCCUGUCCGUGGACGGGAGCCACUCCUCCUCCGUGGCAAUCGGGAGCCAAUCAGAGAGCGGGACCUGAGAGAGAUGCGUGAGAGGGAGCGGAUGCUGCCUGAGGGACUGCUGCCACACGAACGCCUGGAUCGAGACCGCGGGGAGAGGGAGCGAGAACGGGACAGAGACCGCGAGAGAGAGCGGGACAGAGGGGAUCGGGAACGGAUGCUGCCGUUUGACUUCCCACCACUGGGGGAACCCAAGAGCAGAGCGGAUAUGAGGACAGAACGGGGAGACUAUGAGCCUCUCCUGCCCAGAGAAGCUCUUAUGGAUGCAGAUAAACCCAGCACUACAGAUGAACUGCACACACAGAUCGAGCCCUGCGAGACAGAGAAAGUGGACAGCCUUGAUGAAGAAGAAGAUGGGAAGGGAGAGGAUGUGCAGUCUGCAGCUUCUGGUGGGGAGGAGUACGAGCCCAUCAGUGACGAUGAACUGGAUGAGAUUUUGGCCGACAGCCAGAAGAGAGAUGAGCAGCAGGAUGAGGAUAAGAGUUCAGGGCCAUUGGAUGUGAUCGAUGUGGACUGGUCCAGUCUGAUGCCAAAACAGAAGCAGGAGCCACGAACUCCAGGAGCUGCUCUUCUGAGAUUCACCCCCGGUGCUGUUCUCCUGAGGGCGGGGGUAUCCCGACGACUCGCUGGACCCCAGCUCCUCAGCCGGGUUAAGGAGGUCUGUGCCAAAGAGCUGGAGGAUACAAAAGAUGCAGAGAAGCUGUUUGAGCAUGACUUGGGAGCGCUGAACAUGGCCGCCCUCAACAGAAAGACUGAGAGGGCGAGUCUGCUGAGGAACCUCGGGCCGUGCUGUAAAGCUCUGUGUGCCCGCCGAGACAUCGCCAUCCGCAGGCAGCUGCUUAAAAACGAGAAGGGGACAACUAAGCAGAUCUACACCAGCGCCCCAGUGGUGGAUCAGGAGCUGCUGCAGCUCAGCGUGCGGCUCUUUAAGAAGAAAAUGGCAGCUGGGCAGGAGAAGGCUGAGCCGGCCUCCAUGGCUAGCACUUCGGCCGAGGUGCGCGUGCCCUGAGACGGCACCCCAGUGAGUAAAGAGCAUGAAGACUGACCUAGGAUCAGUCCUGGCUGUCAUUAACUCAUAUCACCGCCUACUGUUCUACUGUUCUACAACACUGCAACUGAAACUGUGUGUAAAGUCAGUGCUAAUGGAGGAUGGUUGCCACAGGCUCGGGAGAACAGACCCAUAGAGACUGGUAGAAUGCUAGCCUAUGAAGAUGCUGUAUGUGUGAUUGGCAGCCAAUGAACUUUGUUUUUUUAAAGUGUGGCAGAGACUUGUGGGGGAGGGGGAGGGGGUGAGGAUGAGAUCUUGUUUGACCUUCAUUGUUUUAGAGAAUCUUUUUGUAAUGUCUGUUUUCAUUUCUGCUGCAGUUGCUUCAUGUUUGUUUGAUGUAAUGUGCGUUGUGUAUUAGACAUGUAUGUGCAUUAAAAUGAUCUCAUCUUU